AUGGAUAACUCUGGAGGACCCUAUCUGAACGUGAAGGCUCUGUGGUCGAAAGUGGGGAUUGUACGCUUGUUCCAGCUUCUCUUUGGUUGUACCACUUUCAGCCUGGUUCUCCACAGAGCUGGGUUCAGCGCCGCCUAUGGAACCUUCUGCGUCUUUGUUUGGAGCUUCUGUUUUGCUGUCACUGUACUUAUAGUUGUGUGCGACCUGACUCGACUGCAGUCUUGCCUACAAAACCUGUCCUGGGGAAACUUCACGGCAGCCUUUGCAAUGCUGGCAUCCCUUAUGACCCUCACCGCUGGUGUCAUCUACCCCCUGUACUUCGUGAACUUGAACUGUUCACCGGACUGCAUUACAAGGAACCACCGGUUGGCUGUCAGCGUCUGUGCGGGGCUUUUGUUCCUGGCCUAUUCUUUGGAGGUGUUCCUGACACGUGCCAGGCCUGGGAUGCCUUGUAGCUACAUGGCAACAGCCGCCGGGCUGCUGAAGGUUGUCCAAGCCUUUGUUGCAUGUAUUAUAUUUGGAGCUCUGGCAACAGAAAGCCAAUAUAAGAAAUAUGUGGCCACUCAGUGGUGUGUGGCUGUGUACAGCUUCUGCUUUGUGGUGACCGUGCUGGUGAUAGUGCUGAACAUCACCGGACGGGCAGUCACCUUACGUUGCCCCUUUGAACGUUUUGUGGUCAUCUACACAGUGGUGGCAAUAUUAAUGUAUAUAAGCGCUUCUGUCAUCUGGCCUGUAUUUUGUUUCGAUACAAAAUAUGGUUCACCCACAAGACCAACGCGUUGCUCAUGGGGACGAUGCCCAUGGGACAGUCAACUGGUUGUCACCAUUUUUACUCAUGUCAACCUGUUGCUUUACAUUGCAGACUUGGUGUACACUCAGAGACUGCGAUUUGUGACUCAACGAUAA